AUGACAAGCCCUCCAGCUUGCACACCAGAGUGUCCCGGGCCCCGUGCAAGAUCAAACACUUGGAAAAGCGUCUGGCGCGUGAACUGGACAAGCCCGAUACGUGGCAUAAUGACGUGCUGGAACUGCAGAGUCGCAUUUUGUCCUCGUUCAGAUCAAGAGGUUCAGGUCGAGGACGGAUCGGAUCCCAAGGUCGUGCCUGCGCCCAUUAAUCUCCAGGCCCUGGUUGACGGGGACAAAGUGUGGACCUGCAGCUGGCGGACGUCCUGUUCACGGGCCUGGUCGAGUACGAGCUCACCGCGGAGGAUACGAAGCAGAUGGACGAGAGAGAGAGAGAGAGAGCAGCUGCUGCAGGCGGGCUUCAAGGACCUGGCCAAGAAGCUGCUGGGAGAGGCGGCGGUUGGCUUCCGACAAGCUCGUGAGGAACAUCGUUCACAUCGGGGUCGGUUGCCAAAGAAGACGCGCAAGACGGACGGAGGUGCGGUGCCCGGAGCACAGGAUGGUCGUGAGGCAGGUGAUGCAGGCGGCGGCGAGACGGCGCAGGCGGCGGCGACCUCUGAGGCUGGCGGCGGAGCCCCAGCCAGUUCGACACAUCCUGGGGUUGGCGAGCAGAACCCGUCUGUCCCCGCCUCUGGGGCCGGCCCUGAGCGCAAGGACAGGCUGCGACGCGCGUUGGCGCCGCCAGCCUGCCCCUAGUUCGGCCAGCCCUUUCCUCGUUUUGUCUUCAGUUUGAGACCUGCGAUGCCACGUCGCGGAGGUCGUGCAAGGGGUGGCUCUUCGGGGCCCAGGCCAGCGCUGUGACCAUUCAGGGACAUCAUCCGGCUAGUGUUACGCCGUGCAGUGCAACGAAUCGUCAGCCUGGUGCGUGCGCGAUGGAUGGAAGGGGAUCCCCCCCGGCUGCUCCAGGCUCUGGGGGAGGGAGCCCAAGUGGAAUUGCCAUCGUCGCGCGAUGCUUCUUAGGUCUGCCCCGAGCUCCGGCGAGAUUUUGAACGGCGGCCUUCCAGAUCGCAUGUCGGGGCAGCUCGUUGCUUUGCCGUGCGACGGUGCUUGCUCCGCCGCGGGCGGGUGAAGAUUUUGAUUUUUCUCGUUGCUUCCGAGGGCCUGCAUAAGGCCAUUAAGGAUGUUUCGGCGCUUCGGUCGCCCAACAUUCCCCCGCGCGCGCCCGUGAGACUGGAGCUGCGCGAGAGAGCGGCUAUACUUUGCAUGCGCUGGUGUUCGACGAGCCCCCGCCCAUCCCUCCGGGGAGGGCCUCGGGGCGUUCUCUGACCUCCACCCUCCUCCUCAACGGCGAUCCCACCUGGGUGGGCGCCGUGGCCCACGUCGCCAGAUGCUGGAAGGAAGUUUGGGCUGCUCAAUCCCACUCCUAUCUUUUUUCCAUGUCCCUCCUUGCUCUUAGAGGCAAACUUGGAGGUUUGCGUUCCUGCGCCCCACCCCCGCUUGGCGGCAGGUUGGAGGACCGCUGCAGCGAUGGGGCUUCGCUCGUCAGGAAUGGGUGGGAGAUGCAGAAAUUCGCCGCUCUCGCGUCAGAUUUUGGAGCGAGACGCAGCUCGCGAUGGCCCCGCCCGCGCUGCUCAAUAUCUCCCAGGGAUAGUGUCUUUCGCCAGUUGGAGGGGGAGUAGUGCGCUAGGUUGGACCUGCGAUCGAUUGCGCAAUGAUAUCGUUCGGAGCUAUAGCCAAGGGCGCAAUUCGCAGCCUCACGUGCGACGCUUUCUGGGCGCGCAAUAGGGCCGUCACUGCUGGCUAUCAGUUGGCCGGCGACAUCUGUGCGAUGCGCGGGCAAAGAGGUGGCGCCCCAUUCCGCGGGCCUUGGGGAUGUCCGCAUCUUGAGCCCACCCGCGCUGAUCUGAUCGAUCAGAUCUCUUGGAAGCGGCCGCCGCCGCGGAUCCGACUGACCCCUUCGCGAUGUUUCUUUGUUCAGCGUUGCGUUUUCUCGCCGCGGGGGCCUGGGCUGUCGAGGUUUGGCGCGCCCCGCCCCCCGCCGGCGAUGGCAGUUCCAGCGGGCCCAUCUUUGUAGACGGGUGCUGUUUCAGGUGUUCAGUUGCGAGGCUUUCCAGGGCAGUCUAUGCGCUUGGCCUGGUCGAUUCGAAUGGCCAGGAAAGCCCAUCGAUUUUUGCCCCUGUUUUCGGCCCAUAGACCCCUCAGCGCGGCGAGUUCGCCGCUCUGGCGAGGGCUGGGGAGGUGGUGGCCAGUUCGCGUUCGGUUUGCAGUGAUUGCAAGAACGUUGGGGGCCUUGCCCGAGCCCCGAGAGAGCUGCAAUUUUCGCAUGAGCGACCCUGCGCUGACCGGUUGAUUCCGUGCAAUCUAGGAGUCCUCGCCAUCGCGGGCGCGUCAGAAGUCGAGGCCCGCCUCGACCCCGAGGAGGCGGUCAUCUCGCUGGAUGACGGAUGGUGUUGGCUAGGAUGCCAGGCCGCGGACGGAGUGGCCAAGGCUGGAGCUAACUUGGGCUGCCGAGAAAAGAGCAGCGAGCUCUCGAUUUCUGUGUCCGCGCGGCCAAGGCGGCGCGCGAGCUCGCAGGCGACGUUCUGCGCCAGCGGCCCCGUUUCGACCUCUAGGGUCGCCUUUUGGUUGCCCUUGAAAGACCUCGAGAGGCCCCGGGGGCCGCCGCGGAGCAAACCAUCGUGGCCGGUGAUCAUUUUCCAGCUGCAGGCCUGUCAAAAGUACGAGUGUAGCCUCUGCCGCCGCAUCGCUAACGAGCAGGAUCUCCGCGAAGCCUGUUCCACUCCUUGCCCUGCGCGCGGCGCGGGCACCAGAGAGGCAGAGGCAGGUCGGCCUGCCGACGAUGACGUG